UUUACUUUUUGGUUUAGUUCUGUUGGUUGGCUGAUAGCUUGUUUGAUUUGCUUCAGUGAACGGGAAAUGGAAUCUGCGUCUACGAAAAAGGUCUGCUACUAUUAUGACGUUCAAGUCAUUCUCUUGCUCAACUGACCAAAAUAGUUUUGUUUCCCCAUACCUUCUCAAGACCUGGAUCGUAAAACUCUUAACAAGUUACCAUCUCCAAAGUUCACUGUUCUCGAUGAUUAGCUACUUUUCUUACCAACGGCGAACUUGCUUUGUAGCAGUCUGCGUGGCUUACACUAAUUUUUAAAGCAUUUUAGUAAUUAAGCUAGCUUCAAUAUUUAGAUACACAAUUAAAGGGGAUUGCAUUAAAUAACUUGUUGUCAGGGGUGUACGUUCCCAUAUGGACUGUUUAUAUUGUAUUAUAUCAUUCCUAAGUACCAAAAAAUGAAAAAUUACCACUAGGACGUUAAUCCAAAUUCGUUCUUUAACUUAUAGUGUGACCGCAAGAAUUUAUGCUGUUGAACUUAUUUCUAAUGGAAUCCAAGCACCCAUUUCCCCCCACUCUAGAGUUUCUGUUUCACGUCUGGGUAGAUGAACUUUAAUCUUAUUCUCUGCAACCUUACCUCAAGUAAUAAAUCCAAGAUAUUCUCUUCGAGUUCCUAGAAAAAAAUUCAGUAAUUACAACAUCUGUAAUCCUUUACCCGGUGUUAUUAUGUAGUUGUCCUUAAUUUUGUAGUUACUACUGAGUUAUAUUUUAACGUAUUCCGGUAUUUCUAGUGCCGUAACUCGGAUCAGCUGAUGCUGAGGACCGCAUUCAAAUGUGAUUAUAGGUCGAAGUUUCACUUAAGUAUGCUGUCUUACCGGAUCGCUCAUGCAAUUCUAUCACUUUGGAAGUGGUUUUACUUAGACUUAGGAUGACAUGUCUGUUGACUGGAUCAUACUCAGCUUUUUACUUGUUAGAUUUAUCAGCAUGCAGUUAUCGCCGAACGUUUAUUUUUGUCUGCACACCUAAUCAAAAAUUUGUCAAAAAUAUAGCGGUUAACCCAUGUAAUUUGUUGAGCUUUAUACACUUUUCACAUGGUAUAUUCAUGUUUGAUAAUAUUAGCUGCUAACAAUAGGUGUGCUAUAUUUAAUUCAGGACAGCACAAUCUAAACAUGAAAUGAGAUAAGAUUCCAGGUAUGUUACUGAGGCUUGUUUUCCUUAAAAAAAUAGGUUCAAAUACAUAUCAGUGAGACUAUAAUUUAUGGGCGACCUUUGAGCGACGCCAGACUGACCUUGAGAGUGUCCACCUAAUAACCGGGACCAAAUAAGAGUUAUAAACCUGUGUGAGGAAAUAGAAUUGUGAUUUACAGUUGAUUAGAGAUAGAAAUUAGAUUUAGGGUUUUCAUCACGAACAGACAUCAGCUAUAAUGCAAAAACUAUUUGCCCGAAUAAAUGAGUGGAUUCCGCGCCAAAACCUAAGACCUGUUAUCUUAUACGUGAUUGGUUCGUCCACAAAUUAUAGUCUCGCCUACAUAUCCUUUGCCUUCGGUCAUUCAGUUGCAUCAGCUACUGACACUGAGAAAGAAAACUUCCUUCCAUAGUCACUAAAUCUUUAUGACAGAUGUCGGUAGUAACGUAGGUAAGAUGGUUUCUAGGCCAAAUCAAAGAUAAUUUUCGAGCUUAUUCCCUACUGUAAUCAUUAUUUUGUUAUUGCUAAAAGUCGAUUGAUUACGAAGCAGAGAUCUUGUUGUAGUUGGAUAAGUAACUAUACCGUUAAACCACAUUCAUUCAAAUACAAAAUUUUGCUCCUUGUGGACUAUUUAAAAAGCUUUGAUUUUUCGCGGUUCAGAAUUUAGUUUUGCUUUCAAAAGCUAUCUUGUUUUAAUCGACUUUCUGACAGUCAUGUAACUGAAUAAUGCUUUCCAAAAAAUUUCACAUUUAGGUGAUAUUGGAAAUUAUUAUUAUGGUCAAGGACAUCCCAUGAAACCGCAUCGCAUAAGGAUGACCCACAAUCUUCUUCUUAAUUAUGGUUUAUAUAGAAAAAUGGAAGUUUAUAGGCCAUCUAAAGCAUACAGCGAAGAUAUGACAAGAUUCCAUAGUGACGAAUAUGUCAAAUUCUUGAAGAAUGUAAGACCAGACAAUAUGCAUGAAUUUAAUAAACAAAUGCAACGUUUCAAUGUUGGCGAAGAUUGUCCAGUCUUUGAUGGACUUUUCGAAUUUUGCCAGUUAUCAGCUGGUGGUUCUAUUGCUGCAGCCGUGAAACUGAACAAACAGCAAACUGACAUCGCCAUUAACUGGGGCGGCGGUCUCCAUCAUGCAAAGAAAUCUGAGGCGUCAGGAUUCUGCUAUAUCAAUGAUAUUGUAAUAGGGAUUUUAGAACUUCUGAAAUAUCACCAAAGAGUUCUCUAUGUGGAUAUUGAUAUUCAUCAUGGUGAUGGUGUUGAAGAAGCUUUCUAUACUACUGAUAGAGUAAUGACCGUUAGCUUCCACAAGUACGGCGAGUAUUUUCCUGGAACUGGUGAUCUAAAAGAUAUUGGUGCUGGUCGUGGUAAAUAUUACGCUGUCAAUUGUCCACUGAGAGAUGGGAUGGAUGAUGAUUGCUACGAGCGUAUUUUUAAGCCUGUCGUAACGAAAGUUAUGGAAACUUUUCGACCCGGGGCCGUUGUCUUACAGUGUGGUGCUGACUCAUUAUGUGGUGAUCGACUUGGGUGUUUCAAUCUUAGUCUGAAAGGCCACGGAAAAUGCGUUGAAUUCAUCCGCUCAUUUCCUUUACCGCUUCUUCUUGUAGGAGGUGGUGGUUAUACAAUCCGGAAUGUUGCUAGAUGCUGGACUAAUGAAACAUCUAUUGCUCUUGCAACUGAGAUCCCCAAUGAUUUACCCUACAAUGAUUAUUAUGAGUAUUUCGGCCCUGACUUCAAGCUGCAUAUAAGUCCGAGCAAUAUGGCUAAUCAGAAUACUAAUGAAUAUCUUGAGCAUAUAAAAACGAAACUAUUUGAAAAUCUGCGAAUGAUACCCCACUGUCCUAGUGUUCAGAUGCAAGAUAUUCCUGAUGACAUUGUCGAUUUUGACGAAAAUGAUGCUGUUGCAAAAGAUUUAGCUGAUCCAGACAAGAGGAUUUCAAUAAUGGCUGCGGAUAAAGCCAUCAUGCCCAAUAAUGAGUUUUUCGACGAUCCAGAAGAAGGUUCUGGGCUUGGAGGCACCACACUUCGAUCAGGCAAAUCAGCUUCACGAGAUGUUCAAAAUCACCGAGACCAACCAAAACGCGCACGCACGGAUGAAGAUGCCAGUUCAUCCACCACGAAAUCAAACAGUAAAGAAGGAAGUGGAUCUAAAAAGUCAGAUUCUACUAGUGACAAGCGUUCGGAGUCCAAAAGCGAUUUUGUAGAAAAAAUGGAGGUUGAUUUAUCUAAAAAAGCCAACGGUCUAAUAGAACCGGAGCGAGCUGCUAAUUAACUGGGUUUCUGUCACAUUGUUUACUCUUAAUAAUUUUUGUAAAUGUCUUUGUCCCUGUCUUCUUUUAUACAAAUAAUCCCCCGUGAUUCAUAUGAAUGUCAUGUUUAUGAUAUCCUGUGUUCAUUGUUUGUUUGACAUCUAACUAUAUGUAUUCUCUCUUCUUAUUUUCCGGAAUCGCCUGUCAUAUUGUACGCAUUUAUUCGACCUAAAUACUACUAAAUUGUACAGUUCCUGCAAAAGUAUACCAUUUGCUAUUCUAAUGUUCAGUGAAUUCAAUUUUGCUUAUAUGUUUUAUGAUAAAGGUAGGUAAUAAAAAUUUACAGUAUUC